AUGCCAGAGCUUUUCACAUUUGAGCUGACUGAUCUGUAUGAUAAGAAGAACAUUCCCAAGGUUAUUUAUUGUAUUCAUGCCCUAUCCUUCAUUCUCUCGGCUGAAAAUCUUGCCCCGGCUAUUGGUAAUUUGGUAGGUAAGUUGGAAUUUACUGAUGAUGAAUUAUAUCAUACUCAAAAGGGCCUGGAUGCCUCGGGAGUAAAUUUACCCAACUUUGCUGGCAUGAACAGACACUUCGAGCAGCAGCAGCCACCUCAGCUCUCAGAAGAAGAGCAGAUGGCCGUGGACUUUCAAAAAUGCGAAGGAGACAUAAUUUUAUUACAAGCCUUGUGUCGAGGAGCACUAGGCAGGAAAUACCAACACCUUCUUAAAUCCUGUGUUCAUGAUAUUGUUCAAUUGCAGGCAGCUGGAAGAGGCUCGCUGUUUAGAUAUGAACACAACGCUGAUAGGUACAUUUUAGAACGCUCUGAGGACAAGAUCGCCUCAUUGCAAUCUUGUGUACGGGCCUCAAAUGUUCGACGGCGGCUAGCUCAGCAACAAAACCAACAGCUGAAACAUCAUAUUUUAUGGUCUAAACUUCAGGCUGGUGCUCGAGGAGCCCUGUUAAGGGCAGACUUGAGGGAGAUGCAGUAUGACUUAAAAUUCCUUGCACUACCCGAUAUACUCGCGCUGCAAUCUGUUAUACGCGGCACAAAUCUUCGGAGGAGGUUAUCUCAAAUUAGCGAAAGCUUUACUACAAAGUCACAAAGCGUAUCCCUCAUACAGGCAAAAAUUCGAGGAAAUCUUCUUCGCAGUAAGAAAGAAGGAUUGCGACAAGUCCUCGAGUCGGAAGUAGACAGUGUCAUCGGCUUUCAAUCUUUGAUUAGAGCAUUACCAAUUCAACGUACCACGAGAGAAAGACUUUCAAAUCUUCGUAGCAAUGGAACAACGAAUGAUAUCAAGGUGCUUCAGUCUGUGAUUCGUGCCCGUAAAGUACGUCAACAGUUGAACCAGGAUGAGACAAUUUUAGAAAAGGAGUCUGAUAUAAUAGUCGGCCUUCAAUCCUUAAUCAGAUCAGCGAAAGUGAGAGGGAAAUUUGAAGCUCAGAAGUGUCAUAUAUACGACAGCGAAGUGGUAAUAGCUCGUCUUCAGUCAGUUAUCCGAGGAGAUCUUGUUAGGAAAAAAGUUGAUUUUGUCAAGUCGCAAACUCUAAAGUGUAUGAGCGAAAUCAUUGAAUUACAGUCGAUAGCUCGCGGUUCUCUUUUGCGAUCUAAGGUGUGCCAUAUCAGAAAUAUCCUGAACGAGGAAGAAACUUCGGUACUCUCCUUACAGUCGAUAGCUCGCGGCAACCUCUUACGAACCGAUGUAUAUGAACUCCAUUACCAAUUAGAUUUUCAUUUGUCAGCUAUCACCAACUUACAAUCUAUUUUCCGCGGUGUAGUAACUCGGUUUGCGUAUACACUGAUGCUGGAAGAAUUUGAAGAGGAAGAAGAGAAUAUUAUUCUUCUUCAGGCAAGACUUCGUGGUUAUUUGGUUCGAAAGGAUUAUGCUGAUCGUAUGGAAUUUUUCCGAAAGAAUCUAGACAAGGUAAUAAAGAUUCAGAGUUUUGUGCGUGCCAAACGACAAGGUGAUGCCUAUAAAUCCCUCAUAACCGGUCAAAACCCACCUUUAUCCACGGUGAAAAGCUUUGUACAUCUUUUGGCAGACAGCGACCUCGACUUUGAACAGGAAAUUAUUUUGGAGCAGAAUCGAAAACGAGUUAUCGACGAAGUUCGAAAUAAUGAGAUGCUAGAACAGUUCAUAACUCAACUAGAUGUUAAAAUUGCGCUUCUCUUGAAGAACAAAAUUACUAUAGAUGAACUCGUUCGUCACCGAAACAAAGGCGUGAAGGCAAGACUCUCGGUAAACUCAACGAACGAUAUGUUUGACCUGAAGGCUCUAAAUAAGACAUCUCGUCGGAGAUUAGAAUUAUACCAAGGAUUCUUUUACAUAAUUCAGACGCAACCUCAGUACUUAGCUAGACUUUUUAGAAAAGUCCGCGAUCGAGUAUUAGUGGAAAAAGAAAUCAAGGAUGUUGAAGGAUUGGUGAUGAACCUCUAUGGCUAUGCUCAGAAAAGUCGUGAAGAAUAUUUCCUUCUUCAGCUGAUUGGCAGAAGUAUUCAAGAAGAAGUGGAAAAUGCUGAGAAUGUUAAGUCAUUCCUUCGUGGAAAUUAUAUUUGGUGGAAGUUAGUUGCAGCUCUAAAUAGAGGCACUAAGACGAGAAAGUCCCUACGUGAUGUAUUAGGAAACGCUGUAGCCAAAGUUGUCGAUGCUGAAGACUUGGACCUCGAAAGUGAUCCUUUAGCUAUUUACAGAACCUCUAUCAAUAACGAAGAGCUAGCUACGGGUCGUUUGAGUUACAGAUCUCCUAAUAUUCCUGUUGACGAAGCUAUUCAAGAUCCUGAGACGAGAAGUGUGUUUAUUAACAAUCUGCAAAACUUGCGUGAAUUGUCAACCAUAUUCCUUAAUGAUAUUGAAGAGCAUAUCGAUGACAUUUCGUACCAUAUAAGAUACCUAGCAAAGGUGAUCUACGACAUUUCGAAAAGGCAGUUUGGCGACGUUUCUGGUUCUAUGAGAGAAAGCUCUAAAGACAGAUUACUGGCAGUUGUUGGUUACGUCUUAUUCAACCAAUAUCUGAUCCCAGCAAUAGUUGCCUCGGAUUCCUACGGAAUUGUGGGUAAUGCUUUGAGUGCUCAGCAAACUAAGAACUUGAACGAUGUAGCUAAGAUCCUCUCUCAAAUUGCCUCAUUAAGGCCAUUUUCUAAGGAUGAUGUGUAUCUCCAACCGCUCAACGACCAUGUGAAAUCAUGCAUAUCAAGAAUGAAGGAAUUUUUCAAAAAAGUAAUCUAUGUGCAAGAUUUGGAACAAGAGUUUAAUACAAACAUAUUUGAUGACCUUACUUCACAUCAGAAACCCAAAUUGUACCUGAAGACUGCUGAUAUAUUCUCAAUUCACUCCCUGAUAUGCCAAGAACUGGAUGUAGUAGCUCCUAAUGAAGACGAUUCUUUAAGAGAUGUUAUUCGACAACUGGGAAGUCUCCCGAAUGAUGCCAGUGAGAUUCUAAAUAUUGCAAGAUUUACUGAGGUCAAAUUAGAUUUGAAUCCAAGCUUUUGCAGAGUUGAAGAUCCUGAGGCCGAAAUCACUUCUCUUUUCGUGGCCACCAAACGAUGCAUGCUUUAUGUUUUGCGCGUUCAAACUGGUGCCAACUUGCUGGAGAUUCUUCUGAGUCCUGUAAUGAUGGAGCAUGAGGAAAAAUAUCAAGCAAUCCUUAAAGAAGAAAUGGUGGAACGCGGAAAGAGGAAUAUUGCAUAUUCUGAGAAUGCUUUGGGAGAUCUUUCCAAGCUCACGUAUCGAGAACUCAAGCUUUUAACAUUGGAAAAAGUUAUCGAGCUGGAAUCUUUUGGUCGUAUCAGUAGAGAGGACAACUACCAAGGCAUACUUAAUUCGAUUGCCUUGGAUAUCAAGUCUAAAAGAAAUCGCCAAAUUUCACGCGAAAAAGAAAUGGAAGGCAUGAAGCAAACAUUGACACAUUUAAGCGAAAAGGAAGCUUAUUUGCAGACCCAGUUGAAAACGUAUAACAACUAUAUUGAGCAAGCUAUGUCAACUUUGCAAACUAAAAAAGGCAAACGUAAACCACUUGUAUUGCCUUUUACCAAGCAAUACUUUCACAUUCGAGAUUUGCAAAGAAAUGGCAGGGUUCCCAAAUUUGGAUCGUACAAGUACACAGCAUCGAACUUGUUUGAAAAGGGCGUGCUUGUGGAAUUGAAUGGUUACUCAGAGAAGCAGUAUAAUCAAGUCACUUUCACAUUUUCUUCCGAUGAAGUUGGGGUUUUCAACAUUGAGGCUGCCUAUGGGUUGAUAGUACUGCCGGGUGCAUCUAGUGCACUCACUCUCGAUGAACUGCUCGGACAGCAGUAUAAUAAUAUGCAGUACAUUUCUUUGUUCGAUGACAUGGUUAAAAUGAAUACCAACUUAACACUCCACUUUAUUUUCAAGAAAUUUUAUGGUGACAGCCAAUAG